GCGGCCACAGCACCGCCGCCGUCGUCUCCGCCCCGGUCUCUGGAGGAGGAGGUGGAGUAGGAAGGAGGCCAUGGCGGGGAGAUACGACCGCAACCCCUUCGAUGAGGACGACGUCAACCCCUUCGCGGGAGGGAGCGUACCUCCGGCUUCUAAUUCUCGGAUGCCACCCCUUCCGCAUGAGCCUGCUGGAUUCUAUAAUGACCGUGGUGCUACUGUGGACAUACCUCUUGAUUCAUCGAAGGACUUAAAGCAAAAGGAGAAAGAACUGCAGUCAAAGGAGGCUGAGCUUAACAAAAGGGAAAGGGAAUUGAAAAGAAGGGAAGAAGCUGCGGCUAGAGCUGGUAUUGUCAUUGAAAACAAAAACUGGCCACCAUUUAUGCCCAUCAUUCAUCAUGACAUUUCAAAUGAGAUACCAAUCCACCUACAAAGGAUGCAGUACCUUGCAUUUUGUUCACUGUUGGGAUUGACGCUAUGUCUGUUUUGGAACAUCAUUGCUACUACAGCAGCAUGGAUUAAAGGGGGAGGCGUGAUCAUCUGGUUGCUGGCCAUUAUCUACUUCAUCUCUGGUGUCCCUGGGGCCUAUGUGUUAUGGUAUCGGCCGCUGUAUAAUGCCAUGAGGACUGAAAGUGCUUUGAAGUUUGGAUGGUUUUUUCUGUUGUACUUGAUCCAUAUAGUAUUCUGCGUCUGGUCAGCUGUUUCUCCCCCAUUUCCUUUCAAAGGAAAAUCUUUUGCUGGGUUUUUGCCGGCAAUUGAUAUCAUAGGCAGCAAUGUUAUUGUGGGGAUAUUUUACUUUGUUGGAUUUGGACUGUUCUGUCUUGAAUCACUGCUCAGCAUUGUUGUCAUCCAGCAAGUAUACAUGUACUUCCGCGGAAGUGGAAAAGCAGCAGAGAUGAGACAAGAGGCAACACGUGGUGCUAUGCGAUCAGCAUUUUGAGUGAUGAAUGGAAGAGGACUGGAUGUGCCAAUCGGUGACGGCGUCCUGUACAUCCCCUAUACAUAUCUCUGCGUCGUGGAGAAUACCUGUAGCUAAGGAUCUUCUUGCCCCCUGUAAUAUAUAUGCAGUGCUUAUUCUUGCGUAGGUCCAGAUGUGCUUAUAGGUAGCUUAAUGCUUUGGGGGUACACUUGCCUACCUGUUUAUGUAGUGUGACUUGCCUUGCUGUUAUGUACUCCUGACAACUUCCAAUAUCACAAUUCUGAC